AGUUGUGCCAUGACUCCUAGCAACAGUAAACCUUAUAACUGCAUACAGGGCAACAUAAAAGAUACUCCGGAUUGAGUUGUGUUUCCAUCCAUUUCAGUUUUAGUUAUUCCUAUGGAGCAUAUGAUUAAACGCCAGUUUGUUGAAGACCGAGCUACCAUAUUGGAUAAUCUACCAGUAGCAUGGAAUGUGGCAGAGCCUGGACCUUAUUACUGUGUUACCUUAAAGAUGUCCAGAAUUAAGGACCUUGCUUUUGAUUUUGAAUUUGGAUCUUCAGACUCCAGAGAUAAGUUUCCAGUUACAUUGUUCCCUGAAAAAAUCCUUAAGCUUGAUUUAUCUCUAAAUGAGUUGGUUGAAUUACAGCCUGACGGUUUACAUCACCUUGAAAACCUUAUGGAGCUCAAUGCUUCCUUCAAUCUCCUGCACAGUGUUCCUGGCCUCAGAGCUUUGCCUAAUCUCCUAGUUCUAGACCUCAGCUUCAAUGCAGUUUUUGAUAUGGAUGUGUUUAAGACCUGCAGCCAACUGACCACUUUGAUAUUGUCCUACAAUAAAAUUAGAAGCAUUAAGAAUCUGCCAACCCUUGCACACCUUACAAAGUUACAUUUGAACUCAAAUAAGUUGCGCUCUCUGGAUGGAAUUCAGAAUCUUCCCAAACUCCAUGAACUUUAUGUUCACAACAAUAAGAUCAGCAGUCUUCUUCCCCUCUCCACCUCACUGACACUCAACAUUCUUGAUGCAUCAAAUAACCAUAUCUGCUCCUUCUUGGAGAUGCUUCAAAUUCUAUGUGGACUUCGACGACUUACCCAACUUAGUUUGAAAGGAAACCCAAUGCCCCAUGAUAGCAGAUACACUUCGUUAAUCAAACAACAUACAUCUAUAUGUAUCUUGGAUAACACCAUAUUAAAAGAGGCUAUGGAUAUUGAAUUAUCUCCAGUUUAUCGUUCUUUACUCAGGCAAUCCAUGAACGCUCUUGAAGGAAAAGACUACAAAAAAGAAAGACUGCAGGAUAUCAUCAAGAAAUGUUUUGUUCUAAAACUAAAGAAUAAACAGGAUGCAGUAGAAAGUAUUAUCCAUCUUUUUCAUAAGAGAAUCCUAGAUCUACAGGAAGAAUUUAAGGAGUUUGAAGAUAAUCUCAAUGGGGAGAUGAAGAACUGUAAUAGAUACAUUGAUUCCAUUCCACAAGAAGAUUUAGACAGUAUUGACCCACAUAAGGUUCAGAGAGCUACAGAGCAGUAUUUAUUCACCAAGUUUUGGGAAAGGUGGGAACAUGGGAAGAGGAGGCCUGGAAAUCUGUCCUUCAUAGACAUAACAGAUUCUGAAGAGGUUGUCAAAGCUGCAGCCUUGUUGUUGUCGCAGACUCCAGGUGAGGCAACAGGAGAAGAAGGUUUAUAAUCAAGCGGCAGUGGCAAGAGGUUUGCUCCACCUCAUACAUCAUCUGUCCCAUGAAUUUAGGAGGAAGAAUGAAAUGGGAGUUAGACAUGGCAAUAUUUCUCUACUGAAGCAUAUGCUCAUCUGUUUUGCUACUUUAUAUGGAUAACCUGUAAUUAUUGACAAUUUACAAGCUGAACAGAUGAAUGGGUUUCAUCAACUAAGAAUUAUAGCAGUUAUUUGUCAAAUGUACUUUAUUUAAAAUACAUUUUUUAACUAUUUUGCUAGCUGUUAAGUAAUUCUAUUUAAGUGUGUAACCACAUUUUGAAAUAAGUGUUAAAAAAGAUAUAAGCUUUUGGUUUAUAAAUUCUGGUGUUGGCAAUUUGUA